AUGGCCGGCUCACCCAAUUCCAAUCUACGCGGCUUCAACCACGCCGUCCAAACCCUCCUCAAACAACCAACCCAAUUCCUCCCACACCUCACAAUCCCAACUUUCACCCACCUCCCCGAGAACCUAGGACCACACCUGAUCAAUGUAAAGAAAGGUCCCCAAACACAAAUAUCAACACCCGAAAACUCCCCCCGCACACCCACAAUCCGCGCCCUGGUCCUCGACAAAGACAACACGCUCUGCGCAGCGAAGACAACAUCCUUCCCGCCACAGAUCCUGGCCAAACUCUCCUCCCUCCGCACCUCGCCAACCUCCCCCUUCAACCAAACCACAAACCCGCACUCAAUCCUCAUCGUCUCAAACCGUGCCGGCAGUCACCCGCGCUUCGACGGCGAAGUCUCCGAGCUGGAAGCGCAGCUUGCGCAUCUGCGCAUUCCUAUUUUCCGACUACCGGCGGGCACGGAAAAGAAGCCAUUUUGCGGGGAGGAGGUUGUGCAAUGGUUUCGGGAGAGGGGGGUUGUUGAGUCUCCGCAUGAGAUUGCUGUGAUUGGGGAUCGGCUUGGGACCGAUGUGCUUAUGGCGGGGAUGAUGGGGUCGUGGAGUGUUUGGUGUAAGGAGGGGGUGUUUGAGGUUGGGAUGGAAGGGAAGCCGGAGCGGAAUGUUUUGGAAAAGAUGGAGGUUUGGAUCGAAUGGUUCCUUAGGGAGAAGGGAGGGUAUACAGCACCUUUGCCAAUGGGGUGGCAGAAGCAGAAGCAGUCGUAA